ACGGACCGAGGAGAAUUGACAGUUGUUGUCCAGUCUUCCACUAGUUCAAACUAUCGAAUCGAUCCGCUCAAAAGAAACAGGAAAAUGUCGAAAUUUUAUUGUCUGUUCCUUUUGACUGUUGUGAUGCUGCAGGUCAGCCGAGCCUGUGAAGGAAGAAAUCACGAAGAAUUAAAAUUCGCAGCCGCUAGACAACAAACAGAAAAUUAUUUCGCUUACGCUUACGGAUACACUCCGAAUUUGUGGAAUUCUCUUUUCUAUCGAUCGAAUCUUCGUUACGUUCCAGCAGUUUAUGCCAGUCCAUACGAAGGACGGACGCCAGCCAUUCCGGAGUCGAGGACCAACCCGAAUAAAAAUAAUUUUGCCAGCAGCCGAGAAGAUGACGAAGGUGAGAAAACGGACGACAAAGAAGAAAGUCGUUUCGCAAUUGGUCUAGCCGAGAAUUAUUUGAGCAACAGACCGGUGGAGUUCAACAGCGGAUUGAGCACCAACAAUCCUUGGGGCGAGAAAAUUAAAAACGUCCUCAACUUGGGUCCCAUUUCCGUGAAUCCCAACGUCAACUAUCAAGUCGCUUCUUUCGAUUCCUGCACGUCACGCAACGGCGACGCCGGAAUUUGCGCUUCACGGGCCGUCUGCUCCUUAUUUGGUGGCCGGUCGAGCGGGACCUGCCUCCUGGGCUUAACCUGUUGCGUCAAUGCGAUCAAUACUUGCAACGGUGCCAUCACGUUGAACAAUACUUAUUGGCAAUCACCUGCGACGACAAUCAGCGCACCCUCCACCUGUUCACUGACUGUCACAUUGGACAACAAGCGUAGAGAACAAAUCAAACCCAUUUGCCAAGUUCGGUUGGAUUUCGUGACAUUCACGACCGCGCAACCGACAGCUGGCAAUUGCGUCGACACUUUUGAAGUUGGCGGGUCGUCUAACGUGGCCCCAGUUAUUUGUGGAGAUAACAGCGGCCAGCACAUGUACCUUGAUGUCCAAUCGUCGGCCAUCAGCUCUACCGAUCUGAAUCUCAAAUUCAAUUUCGCUGCUGGCAUCGGCACUUAUCCGUACCUUCCGCGUUCCUGGAACAUCAAAAUUGCUAUGCUCCCGUGCGGUGCUAAUUACUUGGCUCCCAGAGAUUGUCUCCAGUAUUUCACCUCUUCUUCCGGCAGAGUCAGUUCGUUCAACUGGCAGGACGUCGCCAGCACAGCAACGCGCCAACUCAAUAAUCAAAAUUACAGGAUCUGUUUCAGGACCGAAUUGAUUAAAGCGCAUCCAACGAAAGCCACUCAAAUGUGUCUGUCCGUUUGUUCGGUGACGAAUGGUGGCGACGCCUUUUCCAUAACGACGGUACAGCCUGGUGGCACUGACGUCGCCCAAAACAGCGCAACUUUAAUCAACUUUGCGGCAACUCUGUCCGCUGUGGGUACAACUUACAGAGACACGCAACAAGGUACGACGGCCGUUUGCCUCUACGAUUUCCUGCUCAUCGCCGGUGGCAGAGAUUCCACCAAUGUCGAGGCCGACCGUUACUGUGGCAACGCCCUGAAUCCAGCCGCCAUAGGAGGACCUAAAAUUCCGCCUUUGAACGACCCUGCACCGGGAGGUUCAGCUCAAAGCGUUCAAGUUUGUUCUGCGAUCGUGCCAUUCCGACUCAUUUACCGAACGGACGGGACUGAAGGGGCAGUGACCGCAGUUGCGGCGUCGAAUGUUAUCGGGGCAUCAGCUGAUACAGCCAAUACCGGAUUCUGUUUAGACUUUCAAGAGAAAUAAUUUUGGGCAAAUGAAUAGUGCAACUCCCAGUAUCGUGUAAAUUAUUUUCAUUUUGGUUGUGGAAUUCCUUUUUUGUUUUACGAACUGCGAUUGUUUAUUUUUAGAAGACGAGUUUAUUUGUCAAAUGGAAACAAGUUGCCUAGUGGCCGUUCGUGACCAACACUUGUUUGCAAAGGGUUCACCGUGACUUCACGAUCGAGAAUGAUUAAUGAUUUGCAUUAACUUGCCCCUGAAUUAUCUAAUGGGAUUUUUUUAAAACUUAGCUGGCCAUAAACGGAAUGAUUUCUAUGUCGCGUGCAGU